AUGGUGCUCAUAGUACUGCGCGUCGCUACUCUGGCGUUGCUGAUGUUGCGUGAUUCUAGAGCAGCGCGUGGGAUUUACGUAAACAAUCAAAAGCUUGAUCCGUUUGAAACGGAUCACACCUCGCCGAGUCAGCCGCUGGCGUACGUCAGCAAGAGCGACCUGCUGCGUAAGGAUAACUUUACGGUCCCCCAGCACUACUACCAGUACCUGGUGAACGAGCGUCCAUCCAGCUACAUCGAUCUACUGUGGGGACACAAGAAUAGGACACACGAACCGUCGUCCCUGGUUCGCGUAACGUCACCGGUUUCCAUGUCCCCUGUGCAGUACGCAGAUGAGCUGGCUUCGAUCAAGAACAAGCUCAACAAGACCGACCCCUUGUACUAUCAGCCGGCACCACACCAACCAACAGCUCCAUCAACCGUGCCACCGGUGUCGGCGCAGGUGACACCGCCCAUAAGGGCGAAGAAGCGGCCGACUACUCAGCCAUCGAAACCCCGGCCAGGUUCCGUACUAACCGAUCCCGUGUUGACGCCUGAAAUGAUGACCUUCCUGAGUCGUUACUAUCUGUUGAGCUGUACGCUAGUGCCGAAGCCAGCGGUACAACCGAUCCCAACGACGGCUGCUCCCUCCAGCCAGACCACUACACGCAAAACCAAAAUACGGCAUCUAACUACCCGGGCCACCACUACGACCACGACGGUGAAGCCAAACGUUGGCGAUGUCAAGCGACGGAAGAAGCCCAGCUACGUCUACGUGAAUCCACCGGUCAUUAAGCGGCUCGGGGGCGUGCUGGAGUCAGUAUACAGCUUUAUGGAGAACGCUCUCACCAGCACGGAGACUGUGUCGGAGGAAACUCGUGGCGGACGUGGAGACUCCGCGGGAAGUGCCAAGGUAAAGCGAAACAUUGUCGCACCCGAGGAACGGGGUGGUUCUGCUGAGAAGGUAUCGCUCGCAGGAGCGAUCGCUCCAGAAACUGCGUCCUGGAGUACGGUACUCAGUCCGAGUACGCCGUUGGAUUCGAAACGGUUCACGGCUCCGGACCGUGUCACCAUCUCGGGGCUUCCGGGGGCCGUGAGCACGGACGGGAGCAAGAACACGAUGACCACCAACAUUCAAGUGACGAGCGAAUAUACGGCGGCUACCCCACCGACGGUGCCCUUUCGAAAGCCGGACCCGGACGACGACGACGAGAGCAGUGAGGAGGAAUCCGAAGAGGACUACUUCGGAGAUCGACCCGUUCGCCGAAAGCCGCCCAAGAAGCGGCACCGUAAGAAGCGCCCAGCAUCGAGCGGCAGUUACGAGGAUGUGGAUUACGACGAGGAAGUCUCAUCGGACGAGGAUGACGACUGCUGUGGCAAAGGCGAAGGCGAUGAGCCCGGGGUGGAAGAUAGCGAUGAGUACUCGGACAACACGGACGACGACUACGACGACGAGGACGACGUAGGUGAUGGGAACGAGGCCGGAUUCUUCAGUGGGAUGUUUUCCACGUUUGGCCGUUUCGUAAGUUCACUCGGGUUCGGUGGGCCCGCUGUUGGAGGUCCCGACGACUACGGUGACUACGAGGAGGACAGAGCCCGCAGCACAACGCCUCGCAUUUGGUCGGUAACGCGCAAGCGGCCCACGCGCAGUACCUCCGGAGAACCGGCGGUGGACCCCGUUGAUGGCCGCAAUGGUACCGUCACGGUUCCCUCUUCGAAGCCCUCUUCGUCGUGGCUGUCGAUGCCACUGGUCUACAGCCUGUUGAGUCCUGACUUCGACGAUACACCCUUGCCGGACGAUUUGCCGCCGUCAGAGCCCACAACGAUCACCACCAGCACCACCACCCCGAUCGGGUCAUGGUUCGAGCUGAUGAUGCCUUGGGAUUUUUUCAAUCCCUGGAUGCAGGAUGUGACCGAGAACGGAGUGUCGGAGGAGUCUGUACUACCAGCGAUACCUAGUCUGCUGGCAGAUGCGCCUCAUCCAUCGCCCGUAACUCCAUCGACGAGCUGGUUGAGUCAUCUGCUCGGUGGCAGCACCGCGGAGACACCAAAGCCCAAACCCUCCAGUGGGAGUCCAGCCCAGCCCAGUAGUUACCCGGUGCGUCCGACCAGAAAGGUGUCCUACGCUGGCCACCAACUGUGGCGAGUGUCCGUGGAAACCGCCACGCACCGCCAGUAUCUGGAUGACUUCCGACGCUCAGCGGACGGUCGUCGGCUGCAAUGGUGGCUCGGUCCAACGCUGCACGGGCCCACGGAUGUACUGGUGCCGCCGGAGGUGCAGCAAACCUUCCGCGAGUACCUCCUGGCCGAAGGCAUCCAGUUUCGGCCGACCAUACGGGACCUGGGACGGGCGAUCGCACACGAGAAACCUCGAGUGACGCGGCGCGAGCAGAUGGAGCACAGGAUACGGCAGGGACAUUCGCUGACGUGGUACCGCUACCAUCGGUACGCCGACAUCGUCCAGUUUCUCGACUACCUGCAGCAGCAACAUCCGCAGCGUGUCCAGCUACUGCACGUCGGCCGCUCAUACGAAGGGCGGCCCUUGACAGUGGUACGCGUUUCCACGUCGAUGUCCGGUCCGGUCCAGGCCUCGAGCGAGCGUCGGCGCAAGCGCCGCAAACCCCAGAAGAAGCGACCGGCCAUUUUCAUCGAGGCCGGAGCCCACGGUCGGGAGUGGCUUGGUCCGGCGGUUGCGACGUGGUUUCUGAACCACCUGCUGGACCUCCAGCGGUCCCGUGCCCCGCUGGUCAAUGGGUCUGAGCCCGAGCAGGAAACCGUCGCCCGGUACGAUUGGUACGUGCUGCCGGUACUGAAUCCCGAUGGCUACGAGUACAGCCACGAGCACGACCGGAUGUGGUCCAAGAGCCGCUCCCAGGUGGAACCUCGGCCCCAGGGGGUUCUAUCCAGCGCGUUCAACUGGUGGCAGACGGGGCUAGCGGCGGAUCCCAGCACGCGGAAGUGCUACGGUGUUGACCUCAACCGUAACUGGGCUCACGGUUGGCAGGAUUCCGGUUUACCGGGCAACGAGUGCAGCGAAGACUUUGCGGGAAGCGAUCCGUUCUCGGAGCCCGAAACGCGAGCCGUACGUGACUUCCUCGCUACCGGGCGUCGCAAUAUACGGUUGUUUGUGUCACUACACGCGUACGGUCAGGUGCUAUCCUACCCGAGCGACACCGACAAGCGUCCGCAGAAUGAGGUAGACGUUCCGAGCGACAUCCACGAGAUGGCAGCUGUGGCUCUGGAAGCGCUGAGCGGAACUGGCAGUGACGUGCGGUAUCGGAUUGAGCCAAGCCCCGGGCCAGAGGGCACCGCGGCCGAAUACGCACGUUAUGGAGCGGGAAUCCGGUACAGCUACACGCUGACGCUUCCCGACACCGGCACGCACGGUUUCCUGUUGCCACCGUCCAACAUCGUAGCCACCGCCCGGGAUGCCUUCGAAAUUAUCAAGGGCAUGAUUGACUACACGUAG